CACUCCUUAUUUUCAUCCCCUUUCUCAUCUCCUUCCUCCUGCUGUAAUUCACCGCUCGCCUGGAGUUUUCUGCGUCACUGUGCCCCAGAGAUUCAUAUUAAAAAGCUCAGCUAUACUGUCUUCACCGUUUCGCCGCUCCAUUUCUCCGCAGCUAGGAAGAAGAAGAAGAAGAAGGAGAAACAGGAAAAACACGAGUUCAAAGGGCUCAGAAAGCUCGAUAUAUGUAGGCUUCGGCUUAGAGUUGCCGGAAAAAGGAAUUUGUUUGUUAUGUGAGCUGUGAAAAGUUCAUACUGUAAUGCAAGCCCCAGGCUACAGCUAUAUCCAGUAAUUUGGCAAUAUACAUGAUGGCGGAUGUCAGUUCAAGGACUGAUACAUCAACCGAUGCGGAUACUGAAUAUAGAAAUAUGGGGUUUCAGAACAAUCAUGAACUGACAGUCAUGGGUUCAGACGGCAGUGAUAAGACAAGAGAUCAAAAGACACUUCGUAGACUUGCUCAAAAUCGUGAAGCUGCUCGAAAGAGCCGUUUAAGAAAGAAGGCAUAUGUUCAGCAGUUAGAGAAUAGCAGAAUGAAACUUACACAACUCGAGCAGGAGCUCCAACAAGCUCGACAACAGGGCAUAUUUGUCUCUAGUUCUGGAGAUCAAUCACAGUCUCUGAGUGGAAAUGGAGCGUUGGCAUUUGAUGUCGAAUAUGCUCGAUGGCUGGAGGAGCACAAUCGGCGGAUUAAUGAGCUAAGAGGAGCUGUUAAUGCACAUGCUGGUGAUGCUGAACUUCGGAUAAUUGUCGAUAGCAUUAUGGCACAUUAUGAAGACAUUUUUAGGAUAAAAGGAGAUGCUGCAAAAGCUGAUGUCUUCCAUAUUUUGUCGGGCAUGUGGAUAACUCCUGCUGAGAGAUGCUUUCUGUGGUUGGGUGGAUUUCGUUCAUCUGAACUCCUCAAGUUGGAGCCUUUAACUGAGCAACAAUUACUGGCCAUCAACAAUCUACAACAGUCAUCCCAACAGGCUGAAGAAGCAUUAUCCCAGGGAAUGGAAGCAUUACAACAAUCCUUGGCUGAGACUCUUGCUGGGUCUUUAGGCCCUUCAGGCACUUCGGGCUCCUCGGGAAAUGUUGCAAAUUACAUGGGGCAAAUGGCCAUGGCAAUGGGGAAACUAGGAACUCUUGAGGGGUUUAUCCGCCAGGCAGAUAACCUGAGGAGGCAGACAUUGCAACAAAUGCAUCGGAUAUUGACGACUCGACAAGCGGCCCGUGCCUUUCUGGGCAUCAGUGACUUCUUCUCUCGCCUUCGGGCGCUUAGCUCUCUCUGGCUCGCCCGACCCCGGGAGUAAAAACUAAUUUUUUUGUCUUCUCAUACAGAUGGAGAAAGUAGAGAGAGAGAGAGAGAGAGAGAUUCUUGGAGGCACUUUUGUAAAUGAGAAUUGUGCCCAGAAAGACAAAGUUUUCGAUUCCUACCAAUGAAGGGCGACUAGUCUAGUUUGAAGACGGAUAAUGAUGAAGAUGGAGACGGGGUGAUGAGGAGAAGACUUUUCCGGAGUCUAUUUAUGCAAAAAUUAUUCUUCCGAAUGCUGAGAUUAUUAUUUCGGAUUGAGAUUGAGGCGAUGAUGAAAGGAUAUGUUCUUGAGUCUGAUGACCCAAAAUUUUCAGUUGGGGA